AUGGGGUUGAGUCUGUUGAAGUGUUCUUCUGCAUGUACUUUUGAUAACAAUAGUAUCGAGAACGAGGUAGAGAUGGAGAUAUGUGCUCACGAGGGUGCGGAGGAGGGACUGGAUUGUAACGUGACGGCCAACUGCGGGGAAGUUGGCUGUAAUUACCCGACCACUCCAACCACACCCCCACCUCAUGUCUGUUCUACGUGUAAGUUACCAAUUAGUGAUAUCUGUGAUCAGGAUUCUAGUAACAUUGAGUCCUGUGAGCUAGUGAACUGUACCGCUGGUGUUAGCCAGUGUUUUACCAAGGUCGACUCCUGCAAUAUCAGUUAUGGUUGUAAAACCCCGGAAAUUACCGAUUGCGAGGAAGAUUCUGACAAUUGUUCUGUUUGUGAAGAUGAAGAGUGUGCUCUGGAUACAACCCCCCUCUGUGUACCAGGCGGAGGAUGUAUAGAGCAACCUCCUCAUGUCUGUAGCACCUGUACCCACCAAGCUUGUGGUAGUGACGUUACGGAUACCUGUCAAGACUUCCAGGACUGUCCUUCCGGGGUGAGGGAGUGCUAUUCCCAGUUUGAUGCUUGUGAAAUAACCCAGGGAUGUAAACCUCCAGAACUAGCAUGUGAAGAAGGGUCUACAACGUGUUCGGUAUGUGAGGAUAAAGAGUGUAAUCUUGAUUCAGAUUCUCUAUGUAAAGAGGCUGGUUUCACAACAGACCCUCAGUUCUUCAAAGGGCUGGCUGCAGCCUCCACCACGCUGUCUUGUAUCCUGGCGUCAUCCCAGUGGUCUGCCACACUUAUCUGGACAAAAGACAACCAACAGGUUGGUAACACAGAAUCAGUAGCAGCUAACCAGCUCUACACCUCCACAUACCCCGUAACACUGUCCCUGAGCACCGCCGGAGUGUACAAGUGUGCUGCUACUUACCCGACCCAGACGGUCGGAAGUCAGACCUUGUCUCAGGGCACUGUGUUCAGUGGAGAGGCUGAGAUCGUUGUGUUCGAUGUCAUCCCAAUCGAAAAAGAAGUAGAAACAGGCACGGACGCCACCCUGUCUUGUGUAGCCAGUGGUAUCACCAAGCAACUGAACGCAGUCUCCUGGAAGAAGGACGGUAGUGACGUCACAUCUCUCUCCAAUAUUAACUACGUAGUUAGCACGGGGGUUAUAGUCUCCUCCACCCAGACCACAACUCUAACGGUUAAAGCUGCCCUUAACACGGCUGAUUCCACCUACACUUGUGUUAUUUCUUCUGAUGAGUACGGGAUUACGGACAGAGAGACGACUGUUAAUCUGAACGUAUUCACCAUAACUGUAAAUGAUAAGUCAGUGGUUCCACUUGCUGCCCAGACAAUUAUCACUUGCACUAUCACUGGACUAUCACAAGACACCACUAUAGCCUGGCUUGGUCCUGAUAACAACGAGAUAUCUACUUCUGAUACCAACAACUAUGUUGUUAAUCAAGGCUCUUAUUCCGCUGGAAGCAAAGCGUCAACUCUGACUAUAUUCAAAGCAAAAUUAGGGACCCUCUCUUCGGAUGUGAACUACUCCUGCAAACUGAAAUCAGCUUUGUACUCAGAUUCACCAGAGGUCAUUAAAGCAAUGACACUUACCAUCCUCGAAUUUGGAGUCCGGCCUGCUAACAUUGAAGUACUAGCCGGAGCUGAUGCUACGCUCUCGUGCGUCAUUACCGGCAUUACUCAGCAGCUGAACACGGUUGUCUGGAAGAAAGUUGGCACGGAUGUUACAACUUUGUCAGGAAGCAACUAUGUUGUAUCUGCAGGGACUUACGGUUCCAACUCUCAAACUACAACGCUAACCGUAAAAGCUGCUGCUAACACAGCUGACUCAAUUUAUACUUGUGCAGUCUCUUCCACUGAAUGGGAGAUAACAAACAGGGAGACGAGUGUUGCUCUGAACGUGUUCGCGGUAACAUUUGUCGACAGAUCCGUAGUGACAUCUUCAGAUCAGGAGCUAACCUGCACCAUCUCCGGCCUUUCUGCAGAGACCAGCGUCACCUGGGUGGACAAUGAUAACUUGUCAAUCCUCGACACUGACACUGAUAACUAUAUCAUAGAUCAAGGGACCUACGCCUUUGGCAGCAAAGCUUCCAUUCUGACGAUCAAGAAAGCAAAGCUUGAUACGUUUAAUGCCGGACAGACUUAUAAUUACAAAUGCAAACUGAAGUCUGCCCAGUAUCCUGACGACUCUCCUUUCGUUGUGAACAUGAUGGUUCUCACUCUUCUUGAACUAAGUGUUCAACCGAUUAACAAGGAGGUCCAAUCUGGAACUGAUGCAACAGUUUCAUGUGUGAUUACCGGAAUCACCCAACAAUUGACAACUGUCGUUUGGAAGAAAGAUAGCACUGAUGUUACAGCUUUGCCAGGAAGCAACUAUGUUGUAUCUGCAGGAACUUACGGUUCCAACUCUCAAACUACAAUCCUUGCUGUUAAAGCUGCUGUUAAUUCUGGUGACUCGACCUACACUUGUGCUAUCACUUCCAACGAAUGGCUUGUAACUGAUCAGCAGACGUCUGUAACUCUCAACACAUUCGCGAUUAAUUUCCCUGACAAGACUGUGGUCGCUAACUCCGAUCAAGUCCUCACGUGUGCUGUAACCGGCUUGUCUGCUGACACUACCGUCACCUGGGUAGACCCAAACAACAACGAAAUAUCCGACUCCGACACCAACAACUACGUCCUCAACCAAGGCAACUACAUCGACGGAAGCAAAGAGUUCUUCCUCACCAUCAAGAAGGUUGUGAUGCAGUCCUUGGCCGAGACCACGGUGUAUAAAUGUAAAGUAAAGUCCGCGGUUUACCCGGUUUACUCGCCUGAAUCUAUCAAUGAAAUGACUCUCACAGCUCUUACUCUUGAGGUGCAGCCAACUGACAAAGAAGUGGAAUCUGGUACCGACGUAACCUUAUCUUGCAUCGUGACCGGAAUCGGGGAGCAGCUGACAGCUGUUGAUUGGAGGAAAGAUGGAACCGAUGUAACAACUUUGUCAGAAGACAACUAUGAUGUAUCAGCAGGGACUUGGGGUUCCAACUCUCAAACUACAACACUUGUUGUAAAGGCUGCUGCUAAUACCGCUGACACAACCUACACUUGUUCUAUCACGUCUUUUGAGUGGCUGGAACAAAACAAAGAGACGACUGUGUCUCUAAAUGUUUUCAGUGCUACCUUUGAAGACAGAUCGAUUGUUACGGUGACAGAUCAAACGAUUACAUGUUCGAUCUCUGGAUUAUCACUGGACACUCCUAUUACCUGGAUAGAUCCUGACAACAGCGAAAUAUCCAACACAGACACUAAUAACUACGACAUAAAUCAAGGAACAUUUAUAACGGGAAGCAAAACUUCAACUUUGACCAUCAAAACAGCCAAAAUAUCCGGAUUAACAUCCGCAGACACAUUCAAGUGUAAACUAAAGUCUGCUCUGUAUCCUACAUAUUCCUCUGACGUGAAUAAAGAAAUGGCUCUGACAUUACUUGUGUUAGAUGUCCAGUCUACAAACAAAGAAGUGGAAUCUGGAACAGAUACAACGAUAUCGUGUGUUAUCUCUGGUAUCACCCAACAACUGAACACUAUCAUUUGGAGAAAAGAUGGAACGGAUGUUACAACUUUGUCAGGAAGCAACUAUGAUGUAUCUGCAGGAACUUACGGUUCUAACUCUCAAACUACAACACUUACUGUAAAGGCUGCUGCUAAUACAGCCAACUCUACCUACACUUGUGCUAUUGCAUCCAAUGAAUGGCUUGUGUCAAAUAGGGAGACGACUGUGGUUCUGAACGUAUUCUCUGUUGCAUUUGAAAACAGAGCUGUUACCACUGCAACUGAUCAAGAUCUUUUCUGUACGAUAAGUGGAUUGUCACAGGACACCCCUGUUACCUGGAUAGACCCUGACAAUAACGAAAUAUCCGAUUCUGACACCAACAACUAUGUCAUUGCUCAAGGCACUUAUAUUUUCGGAAGCAAGGCAUCAACUCUGACCAUCAAAGCAGCCAAGUUUGCUUCUCUAUCUUCAGGAGAUAUGUUCAAAUGUAAACUGAAAUCUGCUCUCUAUCCUACUGACUCUCCGGAGGUGGUGAAUGAAAUGACCCUGACCCUGCUAACACUGGGCGUUCAGGCAAUCAACAAAGAAGUUGAUAUUGGCACAGAGACUACCAUCUCUUGUGUAAUUACUGGUAUCACGAAACAGCUCGACGCUGUUGUUUGGAAGAAGUUUGGCACCGACGUCACUACUUUGUCUGGAAGCAACUAUGAUGUCUCUGAAGGAACUUACGGUUCCAGCUCUCAAACUUCUGUACUGACUGUAAAGGCUGCUGCUAAUUUAGCUGACUCAACCUACGCUUGUGCUAUCACAUCCGAUGAAUGGCUUGUGACUGACUCACAGACCAAUGUCAUUCUCAACGUAUUCGCCGUUACGUUUGAGGACCAAUCUGUCACUACUGCUGCAGCUCAAACUAUAACCUGUGGUAUUACUGGAUUGUCAGCCGAACCCCCCAUCACUUGGAUAGGACCUGAUGAUAAUGAGAUAUCUAGCUCUGACACUAGCAACUACGUCAUCAGUCAAAGUGCAUACCAACUCGGUAGCAAGUCAUCAUUUUUGGCCAUCAAAACAGGAAAACUCUCCACCCUAAGCGCUGCUUCAGUUUUCAAAUGUAAACUGAAGUCUGCAGCUUAUCCUACUGAUUCACCAGAAGUUGUAAAGGAAAUGACUCUUACUCUGCUUGCUUUGGAGGUCACACCUACAAACAAAGAGGUGGAGACUAGUACUGAUGCCACUGUCUCUUGUGUUAUUACGGGUAUCACCCAACAACUGGACAGUAUUGUGUGGAGGAAAAGUGGAACAGAUGUAACGACUUUGUCAGGAAGCAACUAUGUUGUAUCUGCAGGAACUUACAGUUCAAACUCUCAAACUACAACACUCACUGUAAAGGCUGCUGCUAAUACAGCUGAUUCAACAUAUACUUGUGCUAUCACAUCUGAUGAGUGGCUUGAAACAAAUAGAGAGACAACUGUGGUUCUGAACUUAUUCUCUGUUGUAUUGGAGGACAGAGUCGUUUCAACUGCUACAGAUCAGCUACUGACCUGCACUAUCAGUGGACUAGCACAAAGCACUCCUGUAACCUGGAUAGAUCCUGACAACAACGAAAUAUCUGACUCUGACACCAACAACUAUGUCAUUGCUCAAGGCACUUUUAUCUUUGGAAGCAAGGCCUCAACUCUGACCAUCAAGACCGCCAAGUUUGCUUCUCUAUCUACAGAAGAUGUGUUCAAAUGUAAACUGAAGUCUGCUCUCUAUCCUACUGACUCCCCGGAGGUGGUGAAUGAGAUGACUCUGACUUUAUUAUCAUUGGGUGUUCAGCCUAUCAACAAAGAAGUCGAGUCGGGUACAGACACGACUAUUUCGUGCGUUAUCACCGGUAUCACUCAGCAACUGAACGCUGUUGCUUGGAAGAAAGCUGGAACCGAUGUUACAUCUUUGUCUGGAAGCAACUACGUUGUAUCUGCAGGACUUACGGUUCCAACUCUCAAACAACAACUCUUACUUGGAUUGUCGCUGGAAACACCUGUUACUUGGAUAGAUCCUGAUAACAACGAGAUAUCAGACUCUGACACCAACAACUAUGUCAUUGCUCAAGGCAGUUUUAUCUUUGGAAGCAAAGCCUCAACCUUGACCAUCAAAACAGCCAAGUUUGCUUUUCUAUCUUCAGGAGAUGUGUUCAAAUGUAAACUGAAGUCUGCUCUCUAUCCUACUGACUCCCCGGAGGUGGUGAAUGAGAUGACUCUGACUUUACUGUCUCUAGAUGUCCAGGUCAUCAGCAAGGAAGUUGACAUUGGAACAGAAAAUACCAUUUCCUGCGUCAUCACUGGUAUCACGAGACAACUGGACGCUGUUGUUUGGAAAAUGUCUGGCAGCGAUGUAACAACUUUGUCAGGAAGCAACUAUGCUGUAUCUGCAGGAACUUACGAUUCCAACUCUCAGACUACAACACUUACUGUAAAAGCUGUUGCCAAUACAGCUGACACAACCUACACUUGUGCUAUUACAUCUGAUGAGUGGCUUGUUACUGAUAGGGAGACCGUAACAUUUGUUGACCGAUCCUUCAUAACCGCUACUGAUCAAACUAUAACCUGUGCUAUUACUGGAUUGUCAGCAGAAACUCCUGUCACUUGGAUAGGACCUGAUGAUAACGAGAUAUCUAGCUCCGACACUAGAAGCAACUAUGCUGUAUCUGCAGGAACUUAUGGUUCCAACUCUCAAACAACAACACUUAGUGUUAAAGCUGCUGCUAAUACAGCUGAUACAACCUACACUUGUGCUAUCACAUCUGAUGAGUGGCUUCAAACGAACAAGGAAACUUCCGUAUUGCUCAAUGUUUUCGCCAGAAUAGCCGCCCUAACAUCUGGAGACAUAUUCAAGUGUGAACUAAGAUCUGCUUUGUACUCUGUACACUCUCCUGAUGUUGUCAAAAGUAUGGCCCUCUCCUUCCUCGCUCUGGAUGUUCAGCCCAUAGACAAAGAAGUAAAAAGUGGCACUGAUGCAACUGUUUCGUGUGUGAUUUCCGGUAUCACCCAACAACUUGAUGCUGUUGUUUGGAGGAAAAGUGGAACCGAUGUUACAUCUUUGUCAGGAAGCAACUAUGUUGUUUCUGAAGGAACUUACGGUUCCAAUUCUCAAACUACAACACUCACUGUAAAGGCUGCUGCUAACACAGCUGACUCAACCUACACGUGUGCUAUCACAUCCAAUGAGUGGCUUCAGACCAACAAGCAGACCGAUGUUAUCCUGAACGUUUUCUCUAUUGUGUUUGAAGACAAAUCUGUCACGACUGCAACCAAUCAAGAUCUUAUCUGCACGAUCAGUGGAUUGUCACAGGACACACCUGUUACUUGGAUAGAUCCUGAUAACAAUGAAAUAUCAGACUCUGACACCAACAACUAUGUCAUUGCUCAUGACAAUUUCAUCUUUGGAAGCAAAGCCUCAACUCUGACCAUCAAGACAGCCAAGUUUGCUUCUCUUUCUUCAGGAGAUGUGUUCAAAUGUAAACUGAAGUCUGCUCUCUAUCCUACUGACUCCCCGGAGGUGGUGAAUGAGAUGACCCUGACGUUAUUAUCAUUGGGUGUUCAACCUGUUAAUAAGGAAGUUGAAGCUGCAACAGAUGCGGUCGUUUCUUGCGUAGUCACCGGUAUCACUCAACAACUUGACGCUGUUGUUUGGAGGAAAGGUGGAAAUGAUGUAACGACUUUGUCAGGAAGCAACUAUGUUGUAUCUGCAGGAACUUACAGUUCCAAUUCUCAAACUACAACACUUACUGUAAAGGCUGCUGCUAAUACAGCUGACUCAAUCUAUACCUGUUUUUUCACAUCCAACGAGUGGCUUAUCACUGAUAGGCAGACAAAUGUGAUAUUGAAUGUGUUCUUGGCCACAUUUGAUGAUCGAUCCGUAACAACUGCUACUGAUCAAACUAUAACCUGUGCUAUCACCGGAUUGUCAGCAGAAACUCCUGUCACUUGGAUAGGACCUGAUGAUAACGAGAUAUCUAGCUCCGACACUAGCAACUAUGUCAUUAAUCAAGGAUCUUAUUUGUCUGGUAGUAAAUCAUCUUUACUGACCAUCACAACAGCCAAGUUGGCUUCCCUGACAUCAGGAGUGCUAUACAAGUGCAAACUCACAUCCUCGCAGUAUCCUGAUGAGUCACCAGCUGUUGUGAAGCAGAUGGUAUUGACUCUUCUCACCCUGGAUGUUGAACCUACGAACAAAGAAGUGGAAUCAGGGACAGAAACAACAGUAUCCUGCGUCAUUUCUGGUAUAACUCAACAAAUUGACACUAUUGUUUGGAGAAAGGACGGCAACGAUGUUACGACUUUGUCAGGAAGCAACUAUGUUGUAUCUGCAGGAACUUAUGGUUCCAAUUCUCAAACUACAACACUCACUGUAAAAGCCGCUGCUAAUACAGCUGACUCAACCUACACUUGUGCUAUCACAUCUGAUGAGUGGCUUGUGUCGAAUAGGGAGACAACUGUGGUUCUGAACGUAUUUGUACUGUCACUGGUGGACAGAACUGUCUCAACUGCAACGGAUCAGACGAUUACAUGUUCCAUCACUGGACUAUCACAAGACUCCUCUGUCACAUGGAUAGAUCCUGACAACAGCCAAAUUUCUGUACUCGACACCCCCAAUUAUGUUAUUGAUCAAGCCACUUAUGUCUUUGGGAACAAACAACCAACAUUAACCAUCACGGCAUCCAAAUUAAGCAGUCUUACAUCCGGAGAUAGAUUCAAGUGCCAACUCAGAUCCUCUCUGUUUUCUCUGUAUUCUCCUGAUGUGACGAACGAGAUGGUUCUUACUUUCUUGAAUCUAGAUGUCGAAUCUAAGAACAAAGAAGUAGAAUCGGGAACAGAUGCUACGAUUUCUUGUGUCAUUUCUGGUAUAACUCAACAACUUGAUGCUGUUGUCUGGAGGAAGGAUGGCACCGAUGUAACAACUUUGUCAGGAAGCAACUAUGAUGUAUCUGCAGGAACUUAUGGUUCCAAUUCUCAAACUACUACACUUAGUGUAAAAGCUGCUGCUAAUACAGCUGACUCAACCUACACUUGUGCUAUCACAUCUAAUGAGUGGCUUCAGACCAACAAGCAGACCGAUGUUAUCCUGAACGUUUUCUCUGUUGUUUUUGAAGACAAAUCUGUCACGACUGCAACCAAUCAAGAUCUUAUCUGCACGAUCAGUGGAUUGUCACAGGACACCCCUGUUACUUGGAUAGAUCCUGAUAACAAUGAAAUAUCAGACUCUGACACCAAUAACUAUGUCAUUGCUCAAGGCAAUCUCAUCUUUGGAAGCAAAGCCUCAACUCUGACCAUCAAGACAGCCAAGUUUGCUUCUCUAUCUUCAGGAGAAGUGUUCAAAUGUAAACUGAAGUCUGCUAUCUAUCCUACUGACUCCCCGGAGGUGGUGAAUGAGAUGACUCUGACCCUGCUAACACUGGAUGUUUUGCCAACCGAUAAAGAAGUAGAGACAGGAACAGAUACAACCAUUUCUUGUGUGAUUACCGGCAUCAGCCAACAAUUGGAUGCUUUUGUUUGGAGAAAAGAUGGUACCGACGUUACAACUUUGUCUGGAAGCAACUAUGUUGUAUCUGCUGGGACUUACGGUUCCAACUCUCAAACUACAACACUUACAGUGAAAGCUGCUGCUGAUACAGCUGACUCAACCUACACUUGUACUAUCACAUCUAAUGAAUGGCUGGUGACAAAUAGAGAGACAAAUGUCAUCCUGAACGUAUUUGCGGUCACAUUUGAGGACAGAUCAAUAACAACUGCUACUGAUCAAGCUAUAACCUGUGGUAUUACUGGUUUGUCAGCAGAAACUCCUGUCACUUGGAUAGGACCUGAUGAUAACGAGAUAUCUAUCUCCGAGACCAACAAUUACGUUAUUGAUCAGGGGGCUUAUGUCCUGGGAAGCAAAUCAUCAUCGUUGACCAUCACGACAUCAAAAAUAGGCUCGCUCACAUCUGGAGAUAAAUUCAAGUGUAAACUGAAAUCUAGUCAGUAUGCCACGUACUCUCCCGAUGUUGUUAAUGAGAUGACCCUUACUUUACUGACGCUAGAUGUCGAACCCAAGGAUAAGGAAGUUGAAUCAGCAACUGAUGCGACCAUCUCUUGUGUUAUUUCUGGUAUCACCCGACAACUUGACGCUGUAGUUUGGAGAAAAAGUGGAACCGAUGUUACAUCUUUGCCAGGAAGCAACUAUGUUGUAUCUGCAGGGUCUUACGGAUUCAACUCUCAAACUACAACACUCACUGUAAAGGCUGCUGUUAAUACAGCUGACUCUACCUAUACUUGUGAUAUCACAUCCAAUGAGUGGCUUCAGACCAACAAGCAGACAGAUGUAAUUUUGAACGUAUUCGCUGUCCAGUUUGACGAUGUUUCCCUCCCUCCUCCAACCGAACUAUCAAUUUCGUGCAUAAUAACUGAACUUUCACAAAACACACCGAUCACAUGGAUAGGACCUGAUGAUAUCGAAAUAUCCGACUCUGACACCAACAACUACGUUAUAAAUCAAGGAACUUAUGUCUUUGGCAAUAAAGCUUCUACUUUGAAUAUCAAAGAAGCCAAACUGUCAACUCUAACAACAGAGUCCGUAUUCAAGUGUAAACUAAAGUCCGCGCUCUACCCCACUAUAUCUCCUGAAGUAGUAAAGGAGAUGACUCUCACGUUUUUGGAACUAGCCAUUGAGCCCACGGACAAGGAAGUAGAGACCGGAACAGAUGCUACUUUAUCCUGUAUAGUUACUGGAACUACUAAACAACUAGAAGCUGUUGUUUGGAGGAAAAGUGGAACCGAUGUAACAACUUUGUCAGAAGACAACUAUGAUGUAUCAGCAGGAACUUAUGGUUCCAACUCUCAAACUACAACACUCACUGUAAAGGCUGCUGGUAAUACAGCUGACUCUACCUACACUUGUGUUAUUACUUCCAACGAGUACCAAGAAACGAACAAAGAAACUUUAGUGACUUUAAAUGUGUUCGGCAUGACAUUUGAUGAUAAGGCUAUGACAACUGCAACCGAUCAAGAUCUUACCUGCACUAUCAGUGGACUAUCACAAAACACUCCAAUCACUUGGAUAGAUCCUGACAAUAAUGAGAUAUCUGACUCUGACACCAACAACUAUGUCAUUGAUCAAGGCAAUCUUGUUUUUGGAAGCAAAGCCUCAACACUAACCAUCAAACAAACAAAGUUAGCGACACUCGCUACUGGAUCUGUGUACAAAUGUACAUUGAAAUCUUCUCUUUAUCCAACCUAUUCUCCUGAUGUGGUGAAGGAGUCGACUCUUACCUUUUUGGGUCUAAACAUUCAACCAACUAACAAGGAAAUCGAAACCGGAACUGAGACAACAAUAUCUUGCAUCGUUACCGGAAUAACCAGUAAACUUGACGCUAUUGUUUGGAGGAAAGAUGGUACCGAUGUUACAACUUUGUCAGGAAGCAACUAUGUUGUAUCUGCAGGGACUUACGGUUCCAACUCUCAGACCACGACUCUAAACGUAAAAGCUGCUGUCAAUACAGCUGACUCAACCUACACUUGUGCUAUUACAUCUGAUGAGCAUCGGGAGACGGACAAGGGGACUGUUGUGACAUUGAACGUGUUCUCUGUGUCAUUGGAGGACAGAACUGUUACAACUGCCACGGACCAGACGAUAACAUGUACUUUGAGUGGAUUGUCACAGGACACAUCUGUCACAUGGAUAGAUCCUGACAAUAACGAUAUCACCGACACUGAUACCAACAACUACGUCAUCAAUCAGGGAAAACUUAUAUUCGGAAGCAAAGCUGCAACCCUGACAAUUACAACUGCCAAAAUUGCAACGUUGACCUCCGGAGAUAGGUUUAGGUGUAGAGUGAAGUCUAGUCUGUACGCUACUUAUUCUUCUGAUGUAGUCAAGGAAAUGACACUCUCCUUCCUUACUCUUGAUGUUCAACCAACAAACAAAGAAAUAGAAUCUGGGACCGAUGCUACUGUGUCAUGCAUCAUCACCGGCGUCAGUCGACAGCUUGAUACUGUUGUUUGGAGAAAGGACGGCACCGACGUAACGACUUUGUCAGGAAUCAACUAUGUUGUGUCUGCAGGAACUUACGGUUCCAACUCUCAAACUACAACACUGACUGUAAAAGCUGCUGCUAAUACAGCUGACUCAACCUACGCUUGUGCUAUCACAUCUGAUGAGUGGCUUGUGACCAAUCAACAGACGAGUGUGAUAUUGAACGUUUUCGUCGUUACAUUUGAGGAUCAAUCUAUCACUACUGCUACUAAUCAAGCUAUAACCUGUGGUAUUACUGGUUUGUCAGCAGAAACUCCUGUCACUUGGAUAGGACCUGAUGAUAACGAGAUAUCUAUCUCUGACACCAACAAUUACGUUAUUGAUCAGGGGGCUUAUGUCCUGGGAAGCAAAUCAUCUUCGUUGACCAUCACGACAUCAAAAAUAGGCUCGCUUACAUCUGGGGAUAAAUUCAAGUGUAGACUGAAAUCUAGUCAGUAUGCCACGUACUCUCCCGAUGUUGUCAAUGAGAUGACCCUUACUUUACUGACGCUAGGUACGGAAAACUUUACUAUUUUUAUUAAAUAGUAAAUAUCUCAUUUAUCGAAACUACAAAUUUUUGUUUAAUUGGUUCA